CAAUUGUUAAUAAAAUAUUUUUAAAUCGUCCAACGACGAAGUGUACACUGGUGUACAGUUAAUAACUCACACGUGACACAAUAAAAAAAACACUAUUUUCGUCAGGCAGCCUCAAAUCUUCUGGUCAAACCCGAUUCUAUCGUUCGUCUUACCAAGACUGGAUACAAGAAAUUGUUAAUGUGUUUUUAAAAUGUACUAAUACAUUGAGGUUAUUUCGAAGUAGCACGCGUAUUUUGCAGAACAAUUCCCUGUCGGAAACAUUUGCUAGUCAGAAACAAACUACCAUCACAUGAAAGAAAAAAGUUCAGUUAUAAGAUGGAUGAUGGUCAGAUACGCCAGAAUUUUUUAUAAGCGAAGUCGAAGUUACUUACAGUAAUCGAGUAAGCUACUCGAAGUAAUUAAAUCAUUAUUGUUAUGAUACAAUCCAACUACUUAUUUUCAUGAUCACCAAGGUAAAUACCGGAUAUAAAUAUUUGUUUUGACUAUCCAUCUGAUAUGUUGGGCUGGUAUGUUUAGAUGCCUGUAUUUUCUACACAUUGACUGGGUCUGACCGGACAACCCGGGGGUGGUUCCUGUGAGUGGAUAACCUAACUUUCAUGUUGUUUAGUGGAAAUAUUUGUGAUCCUUUCCAAGCAUUAAAUGUAUUUUACCAUCGUCAAGUUAGAAGUUGCUACUGAAGUUUAAUUGUAUUUUUUAUAAUUUAGGAUGGGUCAUUAGAAAUGUUAGACUUCAUUGUACACCAGCAUGAGGGUUAAGGGGAAUGAAAACUGCAAAAUACAACAAUAAAGUUUGGGUGAAGACCUGCAAACAAGUGUUGGAACUUGUAAUAUUUUAAAACUCUCAUCUGGCAUAUUCUAAUUUUAAUUGACAAUGGCAGCAACACUUGUGAGAAGGCGAUUGCCUUUUUACACUGUUCUUAAAACCCAGUGUCGCUCUGGGUAUAUUGUUUUACUUCCUGAGGCAGCUCAGGAUCAAAAUGCACCGCAAACAACAUUUAAUGCAAAACAACUCCCAGAAAUAAAUAAUCUUACCACUGAAGAAUGUAUAUCACUUGUGGGAAAAUUGUCAUUAGAUUUUGAAUCUGGUUUAUGGAAUGUAGAAGAAAAAUGUAAAAAUGAAUCUGAACUAUCACCAGAUCUGUUUCAAGAGGUGUUGGAGCCUUUAGAAAAAGUUAGUGCUCCUUUGGAUGCUGCUUGGGGCAUGAUGAAAACAUUAUAUUUAACCAACUCUAAAAUAAUGACUGAGAAAUGUUAUAUGACAAUUCAUGAACGAGCCCGACGAGCAAGAACACAGAAAUUUUACAAUGAAAAAAUAUUUUCAGCUUGUAAAAAGCAAGAUUUAACAGAAUUAUCAGAAGAAAAGAAAAGAGUUGUUUCCAAGUACGUGUUAGAGGGACGUUUGAAUGGAUUAGAAUUAAAUAAUGUUACUACUGACAACUUUAAACAUACUAUUAUUGAUCCUAAUGUGAUGCGAGAUUUUCCAGAAAAUCUUACUAAAUCAAUGGCUUAUGACAGGUCCCAGUAUAACCGAGGUCCUUGGACUGUAACUUUACAACCACACAUUUACAGCCAGUUCAUGGAAUAUUGUCCCUUGCGAGAUUUGCGCUGGAAUGUUUGGCAGGCACAUGUGAGGCGAUCUUCUAAUGAUGGUGAAAAAUCUGUUGAAACAAGUACUCAUAUUGAGGAACUUCGAUCACUGAGGAGAGAGCAAGCCAAACUUCUAGGAUUUGAAAGCUUUGCUCAUAUGUCAAUGAAGACAAAAAUGGCUGGCAAUGUUGAAAAUGUAACUGGUGUUUUGGAAAGACUGCGGAAGAAAGCAUUACUUGCACAAGAAAAGGAAAUAAGUGACCUUCAAAACUUUGCAGAAGUACGUGGGUUUGAAGGUACUUUGGAAUUGUGGGAUGUCCCCUAUUGGAAGAGAAAACAAUUAAGAACUUUGUACAGUUUUGAUGAAGAGAAAUUGAAAGAGUACUUCCCAUUUCCAAAAGUGCUCAAUGAGCUUUUUGCAUUAUGUAAACACCUGUUUAAUAUUGAAAUAGUUCAAGAAAAGACAACUAAUGUUUGGCAUCCAGAUGUUCAGUUCUACAACAUCUUUGAUUCUGAUUCUAGAGAACCUAUUGCAAGUUUCUUCUUAGAUCCCUACAUGAGGUCUGGAGAAAAGAAAGGUAUGCAAGAUGCUCCAGGAUGGAUGAUAACAUUACGAAAUAAAAGUAAGAUUUGUGAUCACCAACCUUUGGCAACACUUCUUUUUAAUUUCACACCACCUUCUGAAGGCCUGCCAUGCUUGCUUACAUUCAAAGAUGUCCGACAACUGUUUUCUAAGUUUGGCAAUGCUUUACAACAUCUUCUGACCACUGCCACCUAUUCAGAUGUGUCUGGAAUGUCCAACAUUGAAUGGGAUGCAGUGGAGGUUUGCAGUAAUUUUAUGACUCACUGGUUGUAUCAUGCAGAAACAGUACGUAGCCUCAGCAGCCAUUAUAAGACAGAAGAACCUUUACCAGAAGAAUUGCUUGGCAGUCUUGAACAGUUGCCACGACUUUUAGCUGGUUAUGAAUUGUGUUGGCAAUUGUACUAUUCUGCUCUUGACUUAAAAUUGCACACAUCGAAAGACUUUUGGCUUGAUAUUGUUCGGGAACUGUGGCCACAAUAUUCCAUGUUUCCCUUGGACAAAAGAGAUGCUCAUCCUUGUUCUUUUAGUGCAAUAUUCUCUGAAGAGUGGGCAGCAGCAUAUUAUUGCCAUUUAUGGGCUCAAGUAAUGGCUGCUGAUGUAUUCAGUGCUUUUCAAGAAGCUGGUUUGGAGAAUACAAACGAGCUAGCAAGUGUUGGGAAAAGGUUGCGAUCGACAUUCUUAUCUCUUGGAGGAAGCUGCCAUCCAAGCGAAGUAUUUCGUAGAUUUAGAGGGAGAGAUCCAUCUCCUAAUGCCCUUUUGUGGUCUUUGGGGUUGAAGAAACAAACAACUGGAACACCAGUGGAAUCAAUAAGGAAACAUUUCCCAUUUAUUAUACAAAUAAUUGAUAAAACAAACCAAACUCAAAUAAACUCGAAUCAUACCCAAACUGCAAACAUUUUAUAUAAUUGUAUAGUGCGCAAG